UAAGUGGAGGUCUUCUGGCUUUGCUGCUGACUCCCUUAGCCUCCUCUCCAGUCUCAGGCAGUCUAAAGCAGCCCUCUUGCCAUCGCCCUGGGCCAACCUGGCAAGCGCGGGUACCACAAGCUACGCGUGCAGCCAGCUCCAUCCCCAUCUCGCUCUGGGCCGCCAGACUCCCAGGAGCACUGGGUUCGGGCGAGAUGGGGUUGCCUUGGGUCCACCGGGCCUCCUGAAGGUCCAGGGCAGCGUGAGGUCUCUAGUAAAUCCAGAGUUAGAGAAGCCGGGGAACCUUUCCCAGGAAUCCAGGACCCGUUCGUUCUUCUGCGGGCUACAAGAAGGCAGAGGAUGAGAUGUCCCGGGCCACGUCUGUUGGAGACCAGCUAGAGGCACCGGCCCGCAUAAUUUACCUCAACCAAUCUCAUCUCAACAAAUUCUGCGACAACCGGAUCAGUACGGCCAAGUACAGCGUGUUGACAUUUCUACCUCGAUUCCUGUAUGAGCAGAUUAGGAGAGCUGCUAAUGCCUUCUUCCUCUUCAUUGCCUUAUUACAGCAAAUCCCAGACGUCUCGCCAACAGGACGGUACACCACCCUGGUGCCCUUGGUCAUCAUUCUAACGAUUGCAGGCAUCAAAGAGAUCAUAGAAGAUUUUAAACGACAUAAGGCAGACAAUGCAGUUAACAAGAAGAAAACAAUAGUGUUAAGAAAUGGCAUGUGGCACACUAUCAUGUGGAAAGAGGUGGCAGUGGGAGACAUCGUGAAGGUCCUCAAUGGACAGUAUCUUCCGGCAGACAUGGUCCUGUUCUCCUCCAGUGAGCCCCAGGGGAUGUGCUAUGUUGAAACUGCUAACCUGGAUGGCGAGACGAACCUUAAAAUACGACAGGGCUUGAGCCACACAACCGACAUGCAGACGAGGGACGUGCUCAUGAAGCUGUCAGGAAGGAUAGAGUGUGAAGGGCCCAACCGCCACCUCUACGACUUCACCGGCAACCUGCACUUGGAUGGGAAGAGCUCCGUUGCCCUUGGGCCUGACCAGAUCCUUCUGAGAGGCACCCAGCUCAGGAACACACAGUGGGUCUUCGGCGUCGUUGUGUACACUGGACAUGACAGCAAGCUCAUGCAGAAUUCAACAAAAGCACCUCUCAAGAGGUCAAAUGUUGAGAAGGUAACCAACGUGCAGAUCCUGGUGCUGUUUGGUAUCCUCCUGGUCAUGGCGCUGGUGAGCUCUGUGGGGGCCCUGUUCUGGAAUGGGUCUCAUGGCGGAAAGAGUUGGUACAUCAAGAAGAUGGACACGAACUCAGAUAAUUUUGGCUACAACUUGCUAACGUUUAUCAUCUUGUACAACAAUCUGAUUCCUAUCAGCCUGCUGGUGACACUUGAGGUCGUGAAAUACACGCAAGCCCUCUUCAUCAACUGGGACAUGGAUAUGUAUUAUAUUGAAAAUGACACUCCUGCAAUGGCCAGGACAUCAAACCUCAACGAAGAGCUGGGGCAGGUAAAAUACCUGUUUUCAGACAAGACUGGAACUCUUACAUGUAAUAUCAUGAACUUCAAGAAGUGUAGCAUUGCUGGUGUGACCUAUGGCCACUUCCCGGAACUAGCCAGAGAGCAGUCCUCAGAUGACUUCUGCCGGAUGACUUCUUGUCCCAAUGACUCAUGUGACUUCAAUGAUCCCAGGCUGUUAAAGAACAUCGAGGACCAGCACCCUACAGCCCCUUGCAUACAAGAGUUCCUUACCCUGCUGGCUGUGUGUCACACCGUUGUCCCUGAGAAGGAUGGAGAUGAAAUUAUCUACCAAGCCUCGUCCCCAGAUGAAGCUGCUUUGGUCAAAGGAGCUAAGAAGCUUGGCUUUGUGUUUACCGGGAGGACGCCGUACUCGGUCAUCAUCGAAGCGAUGGGACAAGAACAGACAUUUGGAAUCCUCAAUGUUCUAGAAUUUUCUAGUGACAGGAAAAGAAUGUCUGUCAUUGUCCGACUGCCAUCAGGACAACUUCGACUCUACUGCAAGGGAGCCGAUAACGUCAUCUUUGAAAGACUCUCAAAGGACUCAAAGUACAUGGAGGAGACGCUAUGCCAUCUGGAAUAUUUUGCCACAGAAGGCCUGCGGACUCUGUGUGUGGCCUAUGCAGACCUUUCUGAGAAUGAGUAUGAGGAGUGGCUGAAAGUCUAUCAAGAGGCCAGCAUCAUUCUGAAGGACAGAGCCCAGAGGCUGGAAGAGUGUUACGAGAUCAUUGAGAAGAAUUUACUGUUACUUGGAGCUACAGCCAUCGAAGAUCGUCUUCAAGCUGGGGUUCCAGAAACCAUAGCUACUCUGUUGAAGGCAGAAAUCAAAAUCUGGGUGUUGACAGGAGACAAACAAGAAACUGCAAUUAAUAUCGGGUAUUCCUGUCGGUUGGUGUCACAGAACAUGGCCCUUAUCCUAUUGAAGGAGGAUUCUUUAGACGCAACAAGGGCAGCCAUCACUCAGCACUGCACAGAUCUUGGAAAUUUGCUGGGCAAAGAGAACGAUGUGGCCCUCAUCAUCGAUGGCCAUACCCUGAAGUAUGCACUUUCCUUUGAAGUCCGCAGAAGUUUCCUGGACCUGGCGCUCUCAUGCAAAGCCGUCAUCUGCUGCAGAGUGUCCCCUCUGCAGAAGUCUGAGAUCGUGGAUGUUGUGAAGAAGCGAGUGAAAGCCAUCACCCUGGCCAUCGGGGACGGUGCCAAUGACGUGGGGAUGAUCCAGACAGCCCACGUAGGGGUCGGGAUCAGCGGGAACGAGGGAAUGCAGGCUACCAACAAUUCAGAUUACGCCAUCGCACAGUUUUCCUACCUGGAGAAGCUGCUUUUGGUCCAUGGAGCCUGGAGCUACAACCGGGUGACCAAGUGUAUCCUGUACUGUUUCUACAAGAAUGUGGUCCUCUACAUCAUCGAGCUAUGGUUCGCCUUUGUGAAUGGAUUUUCUGGGCAGAUUUUAUUCGAGCGCUGGUGCAUCGGCUUGUACAAUGUGAUCUUCACGGCAUUGCCGCCCUUCACUCUGGGGAUCUUCGAGAGGUCUUGCACUCAGGAGAGCAUGCUCAGGUUCCCACAGCUUUACAGAAUCACUCAGAACGCUGAAGGUUUCAACACUAAGGUUUUCUGGGGUCACUGCAUCAAUGCCUUGGUUCAUUCCCUCAUCCUCUUCUGGGUUCCAAUGAAAGCGCUGGAGCAUGAUACUCCAGUAACCAGCGGUCAUGCCACAGACUAUUUGUUUGUUGGAAAUAUUGUUUACACGUACGUUGUGGUUACAGUUUGUUUGAAAGCUGGUUUGGAGACGACAGCUUGGACGAGAUUCAGUCACCUGGCAGUGUGGGGAAGUAUGCUGAUCUGGUUGGUGUUCUUCGGUGUCUAUUCAACCAUCUGGCCGACCAUCCCCAUUGCUCCUGACAUGAAAGGGCAGGCAACUAUGGUCCUGAGCUCUGCGUACUUCUGGUUGGGAUUGUUCCUGGUUCCAACUGCCUGUUUGAUUGAAGACGUGGCAUGGAGAGCGGCCAAGCACACCUGCAAAAAGACUCUGCUGGAGGAGGUGCAGGAGCUGGAGACCAAGUCCCGAGUGAUGGGCAAGGCGAUGCUUCGAGACAGUAACGGAAAGAGGAUGAACGAGCGUGACCGUCUGAUCAAGAGGCUCAGCAGGAAGACACCUCCGACCCUCUUCCGAACAGGCUCCAUCCAGCAGUGUGUCAGCCAUGGGUAUGCCUUUUCUCAAGAAGAGCAUGGAGCUGUUACACAGGAGGAAAUAGUCCGCGCUUAUGACACCACCAAAGAGAAGUCAAGGAAGAAAUAAGAUGCAAAGUUUCCUGAUGGCUCCAAGGAAAGAGAUUCAGUUUGUUGCACGCAGUGUUAACAGUUUUGUCAGCAAAGACUGGCGCCAGCAGCCAGACACCAGAGAACACAUUUCUGUGGCCUUAGCCGACCAGUUUGUUAGCAGCUCUCUGUCCUUGUGUAGUCCCUGGGCAUAGGCGUCAGGGGAAGCCAUUCUCCCAGCUUGUCUGCAGCGCUUGGCCCAACCUCUGUUUACGUCAUUAUGAAGCAUUCAGCUGGGCUUUGUGAGGUGUGAAAUUAAAAACUAUGUUUCACCAAUGCUUAAACAUCAAUACCAGUGGUUCUGGGAGAGAGGAAAGGGGCAUUAUGUUACAAGAGACCAGUCCUGUGUAAUUGGAACAGGAAAAACGUAUUUCCUGUUCGGUGCAUGCACAGAUCAUAUAAGCCUCGCUUUCUGCAGAUGGCUCGCU